GGGUAAGGCUGGGAAGCGUUUCCGGCAGGCUGGCUGCAUCCCGCUGCGGGCUUCGGGCGCCCCGGGAGCGGAGCGGCGUCAGCAAUUGCUUUGUUCAGUGAGGAGGGGAAGCCCAGCAGCUCAUUGGCCACUCAAGCAGCUGCACUGAUCUGGAGGCCUGCUUCUGGCACUCUGCACUGAACUGAGACUCUUCAUGUUGAAAUGAAGAAACUUUCUUGGAAAUCCCACUUUGUUUCUUCAUUGUGACCUGAGAGAGUGCCGGUGCCGAGGUACCAAGGACUUGGUGUUCCAGUACAGACUUUCCACUGGUGAGCUGGGGAGACUGAGCAUUUCGAUCUGUGCUGGGAGCAGCUGACAGCGCGCGGGGAUGUGCUGACGGCAUUAUGGGCAGGCGCUACCCAGGGGCUCACUAUCGGCCAAGCAACUCAUUCGAUUCCGGUGUGGACGCGCUGGCGGUGUUUAUGGCAAGCAGCAGCACGACGGACGUGGUGAAUCGCAACGGCCCCGCCACGCCGCCCAACACCCUCAGCCUGCGCUCCUCUCACAACGAGCUGCUGAACGCUGAGAUCCGCCACACCGAGACCAAGAACAGCACUCCUCCCAAAUGCAGGAAGAAGUACGCGCUGACUAACAUUCAGACAGCCAUGGGCCUCUCAGACCCGGCAGCACAGCCCCUUCUGGGGAGCAGCUCUGCCAAUAUGAAGCUGGUGAAGAACGGAGAAAACCAGCUGAGGAAAGCUGCUGAGCAGGGCCAGCAGGAUCCCAACAAGAACCUCAGCACCACGGCCGGCGUCAGUGUGACUUCUGAGAAGUUUGAAGGCAAAGAGCCGAUCCCACAGGACUCCUCCAGCUGUGAAAUAUUGCCCUCACAGCCCAGGAGGACCAAGAGCUUCCUGAAUUACUAUGCAGACCUGGAGACGUCUGCCAGAGAGCUGGAGCAGAGCUUUGCUGCGAUGGAAGAUAAAUCUGCACAAAGCAACAGCCAGGCUUCCACUGUUAUUGUCAAUGGGGAAGUCCUGCCCCGGAAGCAAAAUAAGCAGUCAAGCCCAGAGGAUGGCCAAACUGCCACGGUGUCCUCGAGCCCUGAGACUAAGAAGGACCAUCCCAAAACAGGGGCCAAAACAGACUGCGCACUGCACAGGAUUCAGAACCUGGCUCCAAGUGAUGAGGACUCCAGCUGGACUACACUGUCCCAGGACAGCGCUUCGCCGAGCUCUCCUGACGAAACAGCAGAUAUAUGGAGUGAUCAAUCAUUUCAGACAGACCCAGACUUACCACCCGGAUGGAAAAAAAUCAAUGACAUUGCUGGAAUCUACUACUGGCACAUACCUACGGGAACAACUCAGUGGCAACGUCCCGUGUCUGUUCCAACAGAUCUUCAGGGCUCAAGGAAAGGAUCACUUGGUUCCAUUACUCCAUCUCCUACUCCAGAAACUGAGGACCUGCAUGCAGCCACUGUGAACCCAGACCCAAGUCUGAAAGAGUUUGAAGGAGCAACGUUGCGCUAUGCCUCUUUGAAGCUCAGAAAUGCUCCACAGUCUGAUGAUGAUGAUUCUUGUAGCAUCAACAGUGAUCCAGAAGCCAAGUGCUUUGCUGUGCGCUCUCUGGGCUGGGUAGAAAUGGCAGAAGAAGAUCUUGCUCCUGGAAAAAGUAGUGUUGCUGUGAACAAUUGCAUCAGACAACUCUCUUACUGUAAAAAUGACAUCAGAGACACUGUUGGCAUUUGGGGAGAGGGCAAAGAUAUGUACCUGAUAUUGGAAAAUGACAUGCUGAACCUGAUCGACCCCAUGGAUCGUACAGUUCUUCAUUCACAGCCCAUAGUGAGCAUCAGAGUUUGGGGAGUGGGUCGUGACAAUGGCCGAGACUUUGCAUAUGUGGCAAGAGACAAAGACACCAGAAUUCUGAAAUGUCAUGUGUUUCGAUGUGACACGCCAGCAAAAGCCAUCGCCACAAGUUUACACGAAAUCUGCUCAAAGAUUAUGGCUGAACGGAAGAAUGCUAAAGCUAUGGCUUGCAGUUCAAUGCAGGAGAGGACAAACGUCACCCUUGAUGUUCCUCUGCAAGUAGAUUUCCCAACACCAAAGACAGAACUGGUGCAGAAGUUCCACGUCCAGUACCUGGGAAUGCUACCUGUAGCUAAACCUGUGGGAAUGGAUACUCUGAACAGCGCUAUUGAAAGUCUGAUGGCUUCCUCUAGCAAGGAAGAUUGGAUGCCAGUUACCAUGAAUGUUGCUGAUGCUACUGUCACAGUCAUUAGUGAAAGAAAUGAAGAGGAAAUCAUGGUGGAAUGUCGUGUGCGGUUUCUGUCCUUCAUGGGAGUAGGCAAGGAUGUUCAUACAUUUGCCUUCAUUAUGGAUACAGGAAACCAGCAUUUUGAGUGCCAUGUGUUUUGGUGUGAACCAAAUGCAGGCAAUGUAUCAGAAGCUGUUCAGGCUGCUUGUAUGUUACGGUAUCAGAAGUGCUUAGUGGCCAGGCCUCCUUCGCAGAAAGUUCGGCCUCCCCCACCACCUGCAGAUUCGGUGACCAGGAGAGUCACAACCAAUGUAAAGAGAGGAGUGCUGUCCCUCAUUGACACUUUGAAACAGAAACGCCCAGUCACCGACAUGCCGUAGCUGCAUAAGAGAGAAGAUUCUCCUAACAUUUAACUGCAGAUAACAGUAGCUACACUAAGGGAAAUGAACUGAUGGUGUUUGGCCUUCCGUUCCAAAUUGCUGAUGCUUUGUCUUAAGAGAAUUUAUCCGUAUCAAAGCAAUGCUAGACAAGCAUGUUAUCUCGUUCUUGCCACCAUCGUUUGAUAUGAAAAGAAGCAUGAAUAAUUUUUUUCCUGUCAGUAAGUUACAUCAUGAGCAAUGGAAGGUCUGUUUGAUUGUAAAUAUGUGAACAUUACCUGAACUCACACAAAGAAAGAAUAUGGCCACGUCCUUCCCAGUGAACUCAUGCUAAAGUCCUUGGAGUGAAUGGCGCUUGAGUUGAUAGUUUCACCGUCUUGAGCUGGAUUUGUCACAAACCAAUCUUAGGUCCUACAGCGCUUCGGUUCUCAACACUGGAGUAGAUACCAAGGAUCAGCUACCAUUGAAUUACUGCAGAUUAAAUACCAAGUUUUAUUUUUUACAGAACUAACCUGUUAAUUUUAAAUUGUUUGUCAGCAUUGGUCUGCCUGACGUUCGUGUGAAUCGUUGUCAUUUGAUCUCCGUUUGUACAUUACAGUUGUAGACAGGAAUUGUUUGAUACCAAACCAAUGCUGAAAAAUCUGGGAGUGUUUUCUGUAAUUGAGUACAGGGUGAUCCAUUGAAGCUUUUCAUCUUUAAACAUACAGAAGCACGUGUUGGAUGUUAAAUAUGUCAUCCCAAAUUGUCAUUAAUUCAUCAAAAAUACUGUUUGUUCCACACAGGGCUCUUACUGACCAUGAAAGAGUUAGUCAGUAGUUUUACUGUCUUAAAACUCUCACAGAAGCAAAAACGUUACAGAUGUUUUCUAUAUGAGUGUUUGAUCAAAUGUUCCAUUCAGUGUUGGGUUGCACUACUCCCCCUCUGAGUUUGCUGCUAAAUAGUUAGCAUGCCACAAAAAAGAACAAUCAUGUUUCUGAUUAUUUACUAAAUUCAAUGGGAAUUCUUUUAAUGGUCUGUGACAAAAUCACGAGAGUUGUUUUCUAACAGGAUGUUGUUUCAAGUGGGACAACUUCAUGUCAGUGCUUUUGCUCCAAAGGUCUCCUGUAAUAGCUUGAUCCACACAACUGCAGAUUCUGACAAAGUCAGCACAGAAAUGCCCCUUUAAAAUUUUGUCUUGUAUUGAUCUUCAAAUGCAGCUAUGCAUCUUUCUCUCUUUGCCAUCUCCUGUUUAGACCUGCAGAUUGGUACAAAUUUUGAAAAUGGAACAUAAAAGAUAUUUUUAACUAAUGUUAAAAAUGUUUUGCCUGCAUUUAUAUAUAUGUUCCAAACUGUAUCUGUCUCCCAAGUCUGCAAAUUUGGUCAUGCUGUAAUUUUAGAAGGACGUUGUCAACGUUGUUUUUACAAGAACCAUUUUUUUUACUUUACUGUGCCAGAGAUUGUUAUAAACAAGAUUGUUCUGAACAAAUAAUGAUUUUUUUUCUUAUUUUAAAAAGUCAACAGCAAUACCUGGGCAAAACCUGUUAAGAAUACAAGGGAAAAGAGUGAUGAUUCAAGAAACGCCUUCAUUAGAAAUGUAGAAAAGCUAUGAAAACACAUUUAGCCUGAUGUAUGAGCAAAUGUAGGUGAAGGCUAGCCAUGCAGCUAUAAUCUAAAUGGAGCUCUCUAGAAUACCUUCUAAGGAGCUGAUCCUCCACUAUGUUCGAGAAAUGUUUAGAUGUUGUCCUGAGGAACAUGGUUUAGUGGGAAAUGUUGUUGAUAGGUGGAUGGUUGGACUGGAUGAUCUUAGAGGUCCUUUCCAACCUUGGUGAUUCUAUGAUCUCAAACCUCUGCGUAAUAGAGUUUUUGCACCCUGGGCAGCGAAGCAAUUCUGUCCCAUCCCAAGUCUCACGUUCCUGCUGCCUCCUUUGGACCAGCUCCAUUGCUUGUGCAGUUGGAGGAGAAGAUCAGUCUGCAUAACGUGAGUAAACCCCAAAAUUGACCCAGCUGGCCACGUGGCUGUGCAGAUGAUAGGGAGAGCAGGAGGGGAGGUAAGGCAAACCCUCCCCUUUCAGUAGUCUUUGAACUGACCGUGAAGCCAGAUUUCAAAGCAUGGAGAUGACAGCUUGUGUACCAACUUAGUCCUGUUUCUCCAGAUUCAAGUGCUGAUCCCACUUAAGCCUGACAGGAACAGUGUAAAAAAAAAUCAUUUCCUCUCGUGGCUGCUAUCAAAAUGCAGUGGCUCACAAUGUUGCUAAGCGAGAUUGUGAAUUUAAAGGAUGUUUCCUUAUUAAUCAUAAGACUACUGAAUCAAACUUUGUUUUAUAUACUGAAAAUAUUUUGACAGCAUCAUUCUUUUUAAAGUUCCAGGUGGAAACUCCAGGAUUUUUAUUUGUUUUACAACAAAGAAUUUUUAACAGUAUAAUCAAGUUAAGUAGUGUUGUCUACACAGUGCUACUUUUCCCCAAGAGAGAAACAGUCCAUGUUUAAACCAAACCAACUCUUGGGAAACAGCAGUGUAAAGGUAAGAAGCUGUGUCAGGAGUCUUUACACAUCUGUGUUGACAAGGCUCUGAACAUAGAGUUUUCACUGGCAAAAAUGUGCAACUGCAGGAAGGGCUGAGGGGAAAGAGAGAGAAAGGUAUUUGAAAAGCUGUAGGUCCCCUGAAUUUCCUGUCUGUUACCAAAAUGCUGUUGAUUUUGCAAAUAAUUAAGUAGUUUGCUUAGUGGGCCAAAAUAUGUGGCCUUUUGGCUUCAGUAGAACUCCUGAGUUUUUAAAGUGUUAAAUACACACCCAGGUGUUUGCAGAAUCAACACCUAAAAUUGCAGAGCUCGUUGUCUUUUAUAAAACAACUUACUGAGGCACUCUUUAAACAUGGCCAAAAAUGUAUGUAUGGCAUACACGUGUCUGAGUAACUACCAGUGUUUUAUUUGAUGUUAUAGCAACCCUUCAGUUAUCUAUGCAUUUUUUAUAAUACCUAGCGAUUCUGUAAGCGGGCAGCCGUGCGUUCACUAUGCCUUGUAUGUCUGAUGCCAUAUUUUAAAUUAACCUGUUAAAUACAGCUUAAAAUAUUUUUAUUUUAUUUAUUCUAUUUUUACUGAAAUAUCCUGCAUUAUGAUGUUGAUGUAUUGUCUUUACUGGACGUGAUCUUGUAACAUUCUCUACGCUGUAUACUAUAGGUUGCCUAAGAAAAGGCAACUUUGUAAUUAUUUGUAGUCACAUUUUUAUUGAAGUCUGUAGAAAAAUCAUGUAAAGCGAAGCUAAUUUCUUAUUUUUUUCAAUGCAAGUAGUAAACUAGAGGUAAGUAUCACACAUCACUCACGUCAUUAAUGUGCUCCCUUGCAGAAGCAAGGAGAUUUAUAUUCACCAUCAAAAAUGAGAUAUAAAAGCCUUCCUUUUGAAAUCCGCAGUGCUGGCUGUAGGUUUUCUUUAAGUCACUGUUUGUUUCACUUGUCUCACUGGGGGAGAAGUGGUGUGGGAGGUACAAGGCUACAGAGACAACUAUGAGGACUUUAAAUAGAAAUAACAGGAAUUGCGUGGAAGUGGCCUACAACCAACUCACAAUAACACUGUGUGUGGAGAUACCUGUGCCUGCUGAAGCAACAUGCCUUUUUGUGACAGGAAGAGAGGCUCUGGUGUGUCUGGCAGCUUAUUCCAGGUCUGUGUCAUUUCCUAAGAGUUCUGCAUCCCUUUUUUUUUUUUUAAUUUUAUCAAGUAUUUCAUAGAUGAUUAUUUUAUUAGGGAUGUAUAACUGUUGGUAAAGCACCCAUGCAAAACAGCACUUUCUUAUUUCAGCAGCUUAUGUGGGUUCAGCCUUUAAUGCCAUUAUUCUUUCCUUGGGCAAGUUAAUUCAUACAUUGCUAAAAACUUGUGCUACACAGUCAGCAAAAGUAGAUUGGAUUUAUGUGGACCCACACCCACUGGUUACUAGCAGAGCUCAGCAUUGCAUAGAGCACCCAAUUGAUGCUGAAAAGUGCCAUUUCCCCUGCUGUUGUCCACUUCUACACAUUUAAAUGUAAUCUGUUCUGAGAAUAAAUUUGGCUGCAUAAAAUGAUCGUCUCAACUGUUGCUGGUCCGUGGAACUGGGAAAUUAUUUCUUUUCUUGCUCCAAAUUGAGGGAAGGGAAAAAUAUAUGAUGGCUGUUUAGAGUCAGUAGCAGUACCAUGGAGGCUUUUGUAUCUAUAAAGCUGAAUCAAUGGCUUCUAGUUGAAAAUUACAAAUAUUUAGCUGGGAUAAUGAGAACUAGUUAAAUAUGUUACAGUUUCACUUCACUUUAUUUUUAAGAAGUGUUUAAUUGAGCGUUCAGGCCCCUAUCCACAAGCCCUUUGAAGUCAGUCUCAGAUGUUGCCAUCAGGUGAUGUUCGGUGCUCACCAAGCAAGCUGGUAAACCUGCUGAACUAAAAUCUUCACUGCUAGCUCUUUCGUAUUCUUGGUAAGAUAUCAAGGUCACCACUGGUUUGGUCUCCGUAACAUCUGAAGGACUCAGCUCCCUCAAAACAAGAUAAAAGGCCAAGUGUGGAACAUCACGUGUAAGCCCAAAGCACAUUCAUUUUGGAGUCAUUUUAAUCAAUCUUUAGUAAAUGAGAGACACUAAUCUCCAUUUUUAAAAAUAUUCAUGUUCACUUCUCUAAUUUAAGAGUCUCUUAAGCUUCUUUUAGGCGUU